UUUAAUAAUGCAACAACAAGAUAUUCAGUCUGAAUAUGAAACAAAACAUCCAUUUGUUAUAAAUACACUUACUGAUUCUCACGAUUCAAUACGCGAACGAAAGGAAGGUGAAAUCGUCUAUGAUGAGAGACGUAAGAAGUGGUAUAGAGUUAAGAAGACAAUGUAUCCAACACAUGUUACUGUUGGGCCGCAUAAUUUAGGUGAUCCAGAUGACACAUUUUUACGAAAAUAUGAAUCAAAUGUAUUGAUUCCAGAUAUACUUGCUAAAAGAAUUGAAAAGAAUGAAUGUCGGGAGACUUUUAUGAAAUUUGCUGAAUGUAUGCGAGAUGGAGGAGCAAUAACUGGGACGCAUAACUGCAGACCUUUUUACAAAAAAUUUCAAGAUUGUAAGGUGGAAAAAUUUCGGGAUCCCAAUCUCCGAAAGGAGGUCACUGAUGAAUUUAUAAAAGAUCGCAGUGAAUUCAGAAAAACGGGUUUGGACGAGAAUUAUCGUGUGUUUGAGCGUUAUUUAAAAUGGAAGGAAGAACAAUUACUAAAAGAGAAACAAGAACAAAAAGAAAAUAAAAAUGAUAAAACAUUUUAA